AUGCAAAUUACAGACAUAAAAUAUUAUAAUUUACAAUUCAAAGUAGCAUGCUUAUUAAAGAACAUGUGGAAAAUGAUAGAUAAGUAUAAUAUUGAAGCCCAACCUCAUCAUAGGUUAUGGUAUACAGAUGGAUUUGAAUUUCCUAAAAAUGACAGGAAAAUAGAUAUUAUGGUAACUGAUAAGAUACAAGUAGAUAAAAAUUUUAAUGAAAUGCUAAUAUUACAAAAAGAAAUUUUAAAAUUAAAUAUAAAUGAAGAAAUAAAGUUUAUAUCUGAUAAUGAAGAAGAAGAUAUAGAAAUGGAAGAAGUUCAAAUAAAACGUAAAAAACCCAAAACACCUGUUGUAGUUAUUGAAAGCAUUAUCAAAUAA